AUGAAUACGACUCUCCACGACCAGACCAAAAGUAUCGAAGACAGCCAAGAAGAAAUUCGCUGGAUCUAUGAAGAGCUAUGCAAUGUCGCCAACCUUCUCACCCGCCGAUGGAACUCAAAUGUUGAGUCGAUGAGUUCUAGCAGAUAUGCUUACCACCAAUUUGCUCCGAUGAGAAGCCAAUUCAAGGAGAAUAUGACGAUUGAUCAUAAGUGGCCAUACGAUGAAUGGGUCAUCGGGUUUUCACGGAGUCUCACUGAUGAGUUUCUUCCAAGGUUCCCAUUCGAGUUCCGAUCACCGACGGUUCCCUACGAGAACCUCGAUAUAUUGCUCGUCGAAGUCGAAGAACUCAUGGGAUUCCUUCGUUCCGUCGCAGAUGUGGCUGUCCUCAGCAACUGUGGUCUUCACGUCCAAGUAUCUCGAUCCCGCUCAUUGUGGACUAUCAACGAGUUGAGAAUGUGGAGGCGUAGUAUACUCUUUUUCCAACAGCCCCUUCGGCAGAUCUUGCCUGAGCACCGUCGAGUGCGCCGCUUGUCGGGUUAUCCACUAGCAAUCAAUUUUGGUCUUCAUGAGCAACCCCACCCGAACGACAACCAGGAUUUGGACUGGUACGGCUAUCUCCUGAACCCCGAGGAAAUAGAGGCGCCGAAGUAUAACGUGAAUCCUCUCGCGCCUAUUUUCACACCGGAAAGUCUAAAGCAAGACGACCAGCUCGAGCUAGCACCUGGCCUAGCGUUCGACUAUGUUGUCGAAUUUCGAGGCCCGGAAGGAAUACACAAUGCAGACGAAUGCAUCCCAGCAGUCGAUCUGGCAGUGAGUUUCGCACAUGCUUCACUAAGACAAGGCGGCGCGAGACAGCUUCAAGAGUAUCAGCCAACCAUUGACGGGCUCUAUAACUUCUUAACGUCAGCCAAGGUUGAAGGCAUGAUCAUGCAUCUGGAUAGGUACUUUGGCCCCUUCGUCGACGGCUCUAGCUCCGACUUGUAG